AUGGUGGAUGGUGAUGAAGAGAAAUCUACACCAGCUCUUGGUGACUUGUCUCUAAAGAAGAAGCAGCUUAUUUCUAGUGCCAUGAAGAGAACAAGUGAUUGGAUUUUUUCCCAUGAGAUUCCAAGUGAUGUCACUAUACAAGUUGGAGAAGCUUCCUUCUCGUUACAUAAGUUUCCAUUAGUUUCCAAGUGUGGAUACAUAAGGAAACUCGUCUCAGAAUCUAGUGAUGCUGAUGCUUCACUCAUUGAACUCUCUGAUGUUCCUGGUGGAGCAGAAGGAUUUGAACUGGCAGCAAAAUUCUGCUAUGGGAUAAAUUUCGAAAUAAGUGUUGAAAAUAUUACUAUGCUUCGCUGUGUGGCAGAGUAUCUUGAGAUGACAGAUGAUUAUGCAGUUGGAAAUUUGGUGGGAAGGACUGAUUCUUACUUGAAUGAAGUGGCACUUAAGACCAUUGCAGGGGCUGUAUCUAUCUUACAUAUGUCAGAAAACCUUCUUCAGAUUGCAGAGAAAGCAAAAUUGGUGAACCGAUGCAUAGAUGCAAUUUCAUACAUAGCCUCCAAGGAAAGCCAGUUUUGUUCAUCUGGGAGAAUUAACAGUAGCAAUGAUGAAAUGGUGUCUUCCAUGGCAUCACACCAGAGGCCAGUAGUUGAAUGGUGGGCUGAAGAUCUAACAGUUCUCAGAAUUGACAUUUUCCAAAGAGUUCUAAUUGCAAUGACAGCAAGAGGGUUUAAACAGUAUGCUAUUGGACCUAUUAUAAUGCUCUAUGCACAGAAAUCUCUAAGAGGUUUGGAGAUAUUUGGAAAGGGAAGGAAGAAGCUUGAACCUCAACAAGAGCAGGAGAAGAGGGUUGUUUUAGAGACACUAGUGAGCCUUCUGCCAAGAGAUAAGAAUGCAAUGUCAGUUAGCUUUCUUUCUAUGCUGUUACGUGCAGCAAUAUAUCUCGAGACAACUGUUGCUUGCAGGCUUGAUUUGGAGAAGAAGAUGGCUAUGCAGUUAGGACAAGCUGUUUUAGAUGAUCUUCUUAUUCCUUCUUAUUCAUGUACCGGGGACACAUUGUUUGAUGUAGAUACAGUGCAGCGGAUAAUGAUAAAUUACCUAGAAUCUGAAAUGGGAAAUGAUUCUUACAAUACAGAUGAUGAAUAUUUUUCUCCUCCACAAAGAGAUAUUUGUCGGGUUGGAAAGCUAAUGGAGAACUACCUUGCUGAAAUAGCCACUGAUAGAAAUUUACCAGUUCCAAAAUUCAUGAGUCUUGCUGAACUAAUUCCUGAACAAUCAAGACCAACAGAAGAUGGGAUGUAUAGGGCCAUAGAUAUCUAUCUUAAGGCUCAUCCUAUUCUAAGUGACAUGGAGAGAAAGAAAGUUUGCAGCGUGAUGGACUGUCAGAAGUUAUCAAGAGAGGCUUGUGCACAUGCUGCUCAAAAUGACAGGCUUCCUGUCCAAACUGUGGUUCAAGUUCUCUAUUAUGAACAGCAACGGCUUCGCGAUACCAUGGCUGGCAAUGUAGGUUGGAAAUCUCCUUCAAUUCAUGAAAAGCUGAAUGUAUACUCCACUGAGCUUAAUCCAGUUUCUAAUGAGCUCACAAGCUUACGAAGAGAAAAUGAAGAACUAAAAUUAGAAUUAGUGCAACUGAAAAUGAAACUAAAAGAGAUGGAGAAAUCUACGCUUAAAUCAGCAUCUAGCAGUCCCACAGUAAAUGCCUCACCUUGUGCUGAUAAGCCUCCUCUGCCACGAAAAUCAUUCUUAAACUCAGUGUCCAAAAAACUUGGCCGUCUUUCUCCUUUUCAACGCGCCAAUGCUGUCACAAACUCUGCUAAAAGUCGCAUAAAACUAGAUAAGCAUCGACGCCACUCCAUAUCUUGAGACCAUUGGUAGUUCCUAGUCUCCACAUGACAUUGUGCUGAGUAAAAGUUAGUUUUCAAAGGCUUGAAAACAGGACUAGUCUUUCCUAGUUUUACUUCUUCUGUGUUGUACUCGUGUAGAUUAUAUUAUCAUGAUCCUUACGUCAAGAACUUUGUUGUAAUUUCUAA